GUGCUCGCGUAUGUUGUACGCUCUCUCGCGGUCGCUCGCUCGCCGCGAAUGGAUUCAAGAUUUCAGCCGCAGUCGUAGACGUUCGGUGCCCACGGUCAGAUCGGGACCCGGCACAGUCGACAGAGUCGAUCGCGCUUGAGAUCGAUCGAUCGCUCAGGAUCGGCGGAAUCGCCCAAGUGUCCCCCACCUCGUUGACCGGGAAAACCCUCCCCUCGACGAGGCGUGCACACGUGCCCGCGCAAAACUCAGGACGGACACAGUUUCGUUAUCCGCCAAUCGAUCGGUCGAUCGAUCGAAUCGCGAUUCACCGCAAUCAAAUUCUCAGCAUCCCCCGCGAAAAAGGGAGGACGAGUAUCGGACAUCGAGGUGGGUAACGGGGAGGAAAAUACGGACGGAAACACGGUGCCCGGUUCGUUAUCGAUCGACCGACAGCCGACAGGUUCGAGAGAUGGAUGCAGCCACAAAAGAUCGCCGACGAGAUUUCGUUCCGGCAUAGAUCGAUCGGUGUACGAUCGUACGCGAUGAUCGGCUGUGUGUGAGUAAUGUAACAUGGUAGCUGGGUAGUUUGAUGAUCCAGAAUCAAUCAUACAGAAGGAUUUGAGAGAUUGCGUUGCGUGUAUUGGCAAUUUCGAAAUUGGGUGACCGCUUUCUUUAGAUGUUUACAAGUGUCGUGAGGAGAAGCCGUUCGAUUUGUCGUCUACUUGAAGAAUUAAUAUAACGAUGAUUAUUAAUGCUCCGAAUUAUAUUGUAUGACAUUUAACUGCUCUUCUGGAUAGCCAAGCUGAAGUAUCGAAGAUGGGGAAACCUUAAAGUAUUUAGAUAUCACUGACCCAGGUAGCCGCCCAGAGAUGUGGUCACGCACGCGGCUCUUCUUCCUGGCAUCGAUGCUCGCGUUACUGAUCGGCGUCCACAUCACCAGGUCGCAGCGUCCGCGACUCGGCGGCGCCGUGAACGUCUUCAGCCGUUACGGUUACCUGAGCAUCAGUAUGCGAGUAGUGCCGCGUAACGAUACGGAGACCUGGAUAUUCCGUGAACCCACCCUCGACGUCUUCAAGAAUUCCACGCCGUUGCCGCCCAAGCAACACCAAGCAGGCAAAACUACUAGUGUCUUCGACGGCGAUUUUCAUAUGGAAUUUUGCGACAAUAUCAGACAGCUUCUGCAAGCCUAUUUCCGUGACUUCACUUUCGAGAAGCUGGAGAGGCCGUGGCGUGCCUUCACUGGUAGUUGGUCGAAGACGGCCAUAGCCAGGCACCUCGGCAUAAACUCGUCCUUCAUCACGGGCGACCAUUGUUACGUCCUCGUACGUGUCGCUAGAUACCGUGAUAAUCAACGACUCGCCGGCACCGCUGAGACUCUCGUCCUUGAUGAUUCCGUGUUGCGGCAAACCGAGAACGUCACGGUCGGCGACACUGCGAGUGUUGUACGAUUCAUCAGGAACUUCGGUUCACACUACAUCGCUUCCUAUAUUACGGGAAAUUCGCUUUAUCAAGUAUUCGUAUACACUCCUCAAGUAUAUUCGCGAAUAAAAGAACGGCUGAAGACACGGGGAGUCGCGGAGCUGUCGUCUCUCGAGCUGAGCAAUUAUUUUUCACCAUGGUACGCGGAGCAUACGGGUUCCAUACAAUCGGCAAGCGGCAAUCGUAGCGUGGAAGCAUGGGCCGUGCAACGUCUUCGAGUGCAAUAUUAUAUCUUCACUUACGCCAGUUUACUAAAGUUGCACGGCGAUACGGCGUUGCUUAAGCAACUAGACAGCCUGUUGGGCGACGAAGCGUUACUGCAAUUACAAUUGCGGACAUUGGCGCCAGCUUUUAAGGAUUCAAAAAGACGUCAGUGGUUUCUGGAAGUGAUCGACAACUAUUUCAAGCUCUGGGAGGUGAAUAUGUGAUGACGUAAUGCAAUUGUAGACGGACUGAAAGCAUUUAGGAUAUCGCUCGCGCUUGACAUCGUCGAACGGCAAUAUGUAUAUCAGUGUGAGAAUGUAAGUGACACUGAUAAUUUCGACGUGGUGUGAGGAUCCACGGUGUCCCUAGAAAUGAUUGUGACGAUUCAGCGCCCGUCGUGAGUCGUCAACGCUAACUAUAAAGGUUCCUCGGACGGAUAUAUCCUUCUGCCACAGAAUAUAUACAAUAAUGCAUAAAUACUGUUAUUGUUAUAAAUAAGUAUUUAUUAUUGUAAUCAUUAGAAAACAUCUUUAUACAAAAUAUUUUUAAUAUAUCACAAACAUUAUUCGUACGAUCUGACUGAAGAACGUGGUGUCACAAUAUACCGUAAGUUCUUUACUCGAAAUUGAUUCAUUGACGUACAAAAGAGAUAGUAGCAUGUAUUUUAUAUAUUUAUACAUAUAUAAAAAAAUGAUUUGUGCGUUUUAUUUGUUUGACCCGAUGUGCACUGUACAACACAUGCAGAUCAAUGGAUCAAUCCUUCGCUUGAAAUGCGAAUUUACCAUGUAGGUAUUUUAUAAUAAAUUAUCUUAUAAUAA